AAUGAUCAAAUUUUUAUUGUUCAUUACUAUCAUUUCAUUGGUCUUUUCCAUUCAAGAAACCACAACCCACAGUGACUGUUUAAAUCAAUAUUGCAAUGUUGAAGUAGAGGCUUGUAGAAAAGAUUAGACUUGGUAAUGAAUAUAAUCAUUUAUUCUAGUAAGAAAUAAAUAUCUAAUUGUUAUUAGACAGCUAUGGAUGAUUUAUCACCUGCUGGAAUCUAGAGAAGUAAAGCAGCUGUAAUAUUCUUAAUUAAUUAAAUAGUAUGAUUUAUGUUUAAGUACUAAUUCUUAUGCGAAAGUAUAAAAUUUAGCAAAAUGCAAGUAGAGAAAUUGCCCAAAUAAGUUAUUAAUCAUUUGA